GUCGGGGUUACUGAUGGAUUAUAGCAACCCAUGCUGCAAGCACAGAUCAACUUAAUUUGAUAACAUCAAAUUUCUGUCAGCGUCAGACACAUCAAGCAAGAAUAGGCCUAUAACAAUUGGAAGUGAAAUGUCCGCUCCAGCAAAGGGGGACCUCAGGGACGCGGAGAGGGAAUUGUUACUGGUUAUUGCUGCAGGUAACGUUCAGGAGGCUUCGCGACUGUUGGGUUGUAAAGAUGUGCGCGUCAACUGUUUGGAUGAAUAUGGAAUGACCCCCCUUAUGCAUGCUGCCUAUAAAGGCAAAGCAGACAUGUGUAAACUGCUUUUGCAGCAUGGAGCUGAUGUCAACUGCAAUGAGCAUGAACAUGGUUAUACAGCCCUCAUGUUUGCAGGUCUUUCAGGUAAAACCGAUAUCACCUGGAUGAUGCUGGAUGCUGGGGCUGAGACGGAUGUGGUGAAUUCUGUGGGGAGGACAGCAGCACAAAUGGCUGCUUUUGUUGGACAACAUGACUGUGUCACUGUCAUCAAUAACUUCUUUUCUCGUGCAAGACUGGAUUAUUACACCAAACCACAAGGUUUAGAGAAGGAGCCCAAGCUACCCCCAAAACUAGCUGGCCCCCUCCACAAGAUCAUUAUGAGCACCAAUCUAAACCCUGUUAAGAUGGUGUUGCUGGUUCAAGAGAACCCUAUGCUUGCGGAGCCAGAAGCGCUGGAGAAAUGCCGCCAUGUGAUGGAAUUGAUUUGUGAGAAGUGUGUGAAGCAGCAAGACAUGAAUGAGGUCCUUGCUAUGAAGAUGCACUACAUCAGCUGUGUGCUUCAGAAAUGUGCUGUCUUCAUGAAAGAUCGUCAGGACAAGUUGGAUGGUCUCAUCAAGAGCCUUCUGAAAGGACGAGAUGGAGACGGCUUUCCUCUCUAUCAGGAGAAGUUUAUACGUGAGUGCAUUCGAAAAUUCCCUUACUGUGAUGCCACUCUUCUACAGCAGCUGGUCAGAAGCAUUGCACCAGUUGAGAUUGGUAGCGACCCUACAGCAAUAUCUGUCCUCACACAAGCCAUUACGGGACAGGUAGGCUUUGUGGAUGCUGAGUUCUGCACUACUUGUGGAGAAAAGGGAGCUGAGAAACGCUGUUCAAUCUGUAAAAUGGUGAUCUACUGUGAUCAAGCUUGUCAGAAGUUACAUUGGUUCACCCAUAAGAAGUUGUGUAGAAGAUUGCAGGAGCAGAGAGAGAGGCAUGAGAGAGAGUCUGCAAAACACUUUGAGACAACAGAGACAGUUGAUGACACACAAACUACUAAGGCCACACAAUUGGCUGAAGAGACAGCUACAGCAUUCAAGGACCUUUCUAUGGAGCCACCAUCUGUCAGCUCUGCCUGAAUCACACACUCAUCUGUUCAACUAAUUUUACUACCAACACAGACUGAAUACUUUUGCCCCUUCCAAUAAUAAUAAAAAAAACAUGCCAAUAUAUGUACAGUAUAUCAUAUUUAAGCUUUGGAGGAAGCCACAUGUUCUAGAUCGUUACACAAGGACUUCUCAUACAAUCAUGUAAUCAAAUUAUUAUUUUUUAACUGUUCAGGCAACAUUAAAUAAAUGCUCCUGGAUAUGCACCAUGUUAAGGAGCCUGCCUAGAGCCAUACGUUGCCCAUGACAUGAUGUGUGUAUUUAAAAUAAAUGCUGUCUAUAUCAUAAUGGCUUUUAGUAUGUUUUCAAGAAACAUUUUGGGCAUUCUGAAGAAGGUCCCGGCUCCUUAGUCUGUGGUCUCCAUAGCAAAUCUAAUGUGGGGAGAGACAGACAAGAACUAUCUGUUAGGGUUUCCUGUAGCUCCUCUGAAGCCCUGACAACAAACAUCUGUCUCCCAUCAGUGAUUGAGUGCUCUUCAUCCAUCAGAUCUUCAUAGGGUCAGUCUUCCAUAGGGUAAACUAUUCAUCUAUUUGUAGAGCACCAACUCUUCUGUAACUUUUGUGUAGCCUUACAGUACAUUUUGAGAGAGAGCGCAAUAACAAUUUGCU